AUGAAAUCUCAGAGUAGUUCGUGGAGUCGUAGGACUUCCAAAGACAUAUCGGGAAUGAGAAGACAGCGUAGCCUGGAGUGGAGAGAGAGGGGCUACAGUUCCAGCGAAGAAGAGAUUCCCACCAGGCCUGUCGACAGUCAUGUCUUCGCGUCGCUUUUGGCCCAAGCGCAACAGGAAUUUUCCAGUUCAUACAGAUCGGACGAUACCGAAGACGCGGCGACAACAGAUAAUCCAGCUAGCCCGCUCCCCACUCCACCCCCGACGUUAGUGUCGCCCCGAUCGCCCAUUUCUCUUCAUCGACAGGCCUCACCUUUCCCCUUGGAGAACACCAACUCGAGAAGGUUGCAUUAUCAGACGCCACAAGAUAGGCUGAGGGGGAAUAACGGUGAAAUUAUUUAUGCGCAAAGCAACAAGAAAAAUUUGAGCAACUCCACGCUGGGAAGAUCGGGGAGAAGUAGACAUAGAGUUGGUGUUAUGACAUCAAGCAGCAGCGCGACAUCUUGCAAUAGCUGUAAUGAUAUUGUUCCCAACGGAGAUAUUAAUUACCACGACCAAAAUAAGUCUCAGAGGCUGAGCAUUAACAAUGAUGUUAACGAGGAUUCGCCGCCGGAACCAGCUCCGCCAGAAGUUCCACCGCGUGGUCCUUCUCUUCACGCUGCUUCACUCAGACGCAUUGCUGAGUAUGCUCUCCAACAAAAGGAUUCUACUGGGAGUAAUCAAGAAUCGCCAUUCCUGGGUCAAGGUAAGUCGCUAUAA